AUGGCGAAGUCGAACCCUCAGCGGCUACUUUGGAAGCCAGUAGACCUUCAGCACACAAGGCUGUGGGAGCUUAUGGAAACAAUAAACCGAGCUCACAACCUUAGUAUCAAGGUCCAGAAGCCUACAAAAUGCACUAAGAAGCCACAACGCUUACUUUUCCUCCAGAAUUAUGCGCAACUUCAUCAUUACUCCAUUACUCAACCUGCUCAAUUCUGGUUAGAUUGCUUUGGGUUCCUUGACAUCAUACACACGGGAUCGUAUUUUCGCUCUGUAGAUGAGUGUCAACCUAUUGACUCAAUGUCCCCCUGGUUUGAAGGCGUCAGCCUCAACUUUACCGAGAAUAUUCUCUACGAAGCAAUUCCCGGAGAGAGUGACGCGUACAGAAUCAAAGGUAAAGAAGACGAUAAAAUUGCAGUGACUGAAGUCCGUGAGGGCUUGGAGGAGAUCCGACACAUAGACUGGGCUACUCUGCGCGCAGACACCGGCCGGCUGGCGAGCGCCCUGAAAGCUAGAAACAUUGGGAGAGGUGACCGCAUCUUUGCUGUGGCAUCUAAUAGCUAUGCAACCCUUACUCUGUUUCUUGCCACCGCGUGGCUGGGAGGUAUCUUCAGUUCAGUGGCUUCAGACAUGGGCAUUGUAGGCAUUUUGGAGCGCACGAAGCAGAUUACCCCGAAGCUUAUAUUUGUUGACAACUAUGCGCAAUACCAAGGAAAAUAUUUUGAUUUGGCACCAAAAAUCCAACAAAUCGUUAAAGCAACCGCAGAUAGUGCAUCGCUUGAAGGAGUCGUCCUUAUCCCAAGAUACGCAGACAAAUCACCACAAAAGCGUGUUGCAGGAACCAGGACUUUGGCUGGACUGCUUUCUUCAGCAUCUAUGAAGCCACCAUCAAUUGAGCGACUUCCCUUCAGCGCACCAGCGCUCAUCUGCUACUCAUCCGGGACUACGGAGCAACCCAAAUGUAUCGUACACUCUGUAGGCGGUAUUGUGCUUAAUGGCGCAAAAGAGGGGGUGCUCCACACUGGCAUCGGACCAAACUCCGUAUCUUUUCAAUACACAACAACAGGAUGGAUCAUGUACCUUGCUUGUGUCUUAUCACUCCAAUCCGGGGCUAGAACAAUCCUCUAUGACGGUUCUCCUUUCACUCCGGACUUGAGCGUUCUUUUAAAGGUAGUGGCUCAGGAGAAGGUUACGGUUUUCGGAACAAGUCCGAAAUGGAUGGGGGCUCUGGUCACUCAUAAAAUAGCUCCGCGGGUAAUGUUUGACCUUUCGGCUCUUGAAGUUGUCACGAGCACGGGUAUGGUUCUUCCAGAUCAACUAUUCGAGUGGUUUUACGGCCCGACUGGAUUCCCUCCGAAUGUCCGGCUAUCUAACAUGUCCGGCGGUACGGAUAUUGCCGGUUGUUUCCUCAUUGGCAACCCCAUAAGUCCCUUGUACGUGGGCGGAUGUCAGGGUCCUGCUCUGGGUAUAGACGUCCAGGUCUAUGAUGCGACAGCCACAUCCACAUGCGGUAAGCCUGUACCUGACGGCAUCCAGGGCGAGCUUGUCGCCGUUAAACCGUUUCCAAAUGUUCCCAUUCUUUUCUGGAACGAUAUCGCCCCACCGAGCUCACCGAAUUCGAAACUCUUCUCCUCUUACUUUGCCAGGUUCGAUCAUGUUUGGACUCAAGGCGAUAUAGUCUCCUUAGAUCGGCAAACACGGGCGAUUAUUCACCAUGGACGCGCGGAUGGUGUUCUUAAUCCGUCCGGAAUCCGAUUUGGUAGUGCUGAGGUCUACAAUGUUAUUGAAAAGCGUUUCGGUAAUGUCGUGUUGGAUAGUCUUUGUGUCGGGCAACGGCGGCCAUCUGACAGCGACGAGUCGGUACUUCUCUUCUUGCAGAUGAGGCCUGGGGAAACCUACGACGAUAAGCUGGUUACGGCUGUCAAAGCAGCAAUCAGGCAAGACUUGAGCUCCAGGCAUGUGUCCAAGUACAUUUUCCAAACGCCGGAAAUCCCUAUGACGGCCACAUUUAAGAAACUCGAGUUACCGGUGAAAGCUAUUGUUUCAGGCAAAAUGGUCACACCGAGUAGUGCUGUGAUGAACCCGGGGAGCCUCGAAUUUUUCCACCAGUUUGUCAACAUUGAAAACUUGGUGUCACACUCUAAACUGUAG